UCCAGCGAUCAGCUCCAGCAGCAGCCGCCGGGGUGCAAAUGGGGCCACACCUGCAAUGUGGUCAGGAAUCUCAUCUACAUUUUCGGUGGCUGCGGCCGGGAUGAGUGCCAGACCAACGAUGUUCACGUCUUCAACAUUGGGACGUACAUCUGGAGCAAGCCUGUGAUGAAAGGAACGCACCCUUCUCCUCGGGACAGCCACAGCUCCACGGCCGUCGGGUCUAAGCUCUAUGUGUUUGGUGGUACCGAUGGAACCAGCCCGCUAGACGAUCUCUUUGUUUUGGAUACUGCUACCAACACCUGGGGGAAACCCGACGUUUUUGGUGAUGUUCCUGCUCCGAGAGAAGGACAUAGCGCAUCUCUCAUCGGUGACAACCUGUUCGUGUUUGGGGGAUGUGGGAAAUCCAGCGAUCCCUCAGAGGAGGAGUACUACAACGACCUCCAUGUUUUGAACACGAAUACUUUUGUCUGGAAGAAGAUUUCUACCACUGGAGUCUCACCUAUUCCUCGGGAUAUCCAUACCUGCUCUUCCUAUAAGAACUGUUGCAUUGUCAUGGGUGGCGAGGACGGUGGUAAUGCCUAUCUAUACGACGUUCAUAUUCUGGACACAGAAACAAUGGCAUGGCGGGAGGUAAAGACGACUGGUGCCGAGCUGAUGCCAAGAGCUGGUGAACGCAGAGCGAGGCAUAUUAUUCUUCUAUGGGGGAUGUAACGAAGAGCUUGAAGCUCUGGAUGACAUGUAUUUCCUCGACACAGGCCAACCGAGCAAAGAGGAGUUCAAAGAAACCAUGGAUAUCCAUACCUUCUCUUCCUAUAAUUAUUAAAG